GCUGAGCGUUGUUACGACUACUUUCGAGUUGUGCACACGGUGGGACCGUGAUAAGGUUUGAUAGUAACCUAAUAUCAUGUGAGUUGUAUUCAUGUGUACUUGUCGAAGACUUCAGUUCGAUUUCAACAAUCAACGGAUAACGGUAUAGUUGAGCCCAAAGAAAGAAUGAAGCCGACACAUCUGCUGCUGAUUUUGUUCUGCGCAAUCUGCCUCGCACGAAAUGUCGAGGGAGCUAGAAUAUUGGGAGUGUUUCCCUUGCCAGGAAAGAGUCAUUUCGCAAUGUUCAAAGAAGUGAUGAAAAGCCUUGCCAAGGCGGGGCACCAGGUUGAUAUGGUUAGUCACUUUCCGCAGAGGAAUGCACCUCCAAAUUACAACGAUAUGAUCAGUUUAGCAGGCAUAGGUAUUACAGUGGUCAAUAACAUGUCAUAUGAAUUGGUGAAAACCUUCGCUGGUGCGGAAUUGCAAGAUCUAGUUCAAUUGACUGGAAACGAUAUUUGCGAAGCACUUGGACAUUCCGAGGUGCAAAAUUUGAUAAAAAAUCCGCCAACUGAUCCACCGUACGAUUUAGUCAUUACAGAGUUGUUCUAUGCUAGCUGCUACUUUGCCUUCGGAAGGCAUCUGAAAGUUCCGGUAAUUGGUCUAUCUUCUUCAACGAUAGUGCCUCAAGCCAACGCACCACUUGGCAAUCCCUUGAACACAGCCAUCGUAUCCGAGAUCUCGGACCGCCCGGCUUCGCACAUGAACUUCAGGCAGCGACUCACAAACACGUUAACCACCGUGUACAUGAAUUUACAAUCUAGAUAUUACAUGAAAGCACAGAACGACAUGGUCAAGAAGUACUUCGGGCCAGACAUGCCUGACGUUGAAGAGCUUGAAAGGGACAUGUCCCUACUUCUGGUCAACACCCACCCUAUUUUUCACGGUAUCAGACCGUUGACCCCGGCUGUUGUAGAGGUCUCAGGUCUGCACAUCCAUGAUGAUAACUCAACAAUACCGGCGUACUUAAGGAAAUGGUUGAGCGACAGCAGCGACGGUUUCAUCUACUUCUCGUUUGGCUCGCUGGUGAUGUUUGAAUCAUUUCCGAGUGCGGAUCUGGCUGAGAUAUACGCGGCAUUUGCCAAGGUUGCACCACUUCGUAUUCUGUUGAAAGUGUCGGAUCCGAAAAAACUACCACGUGGAUGGCCCAACAACGUGUUGCCUUUGCAUUGGGUUCCACAAGUACAAGUUUUGAAGCACAAAAAUAUUCGGGGCUUUAUAACGCACGGCGGUUUGAUGGGACUUCAAGAAGCAGUGGCUUACGCUGUACCAUUGAUCGGCAUUCCUCUAUUCGGCGAUCAAAUGGGUAACAUAAAUAUUUGCGUGGAGAGAGGAAUCGCCGUACGUUUGAAUUACACGGAUUUGAAGGCAGAUAAGAUUGUUGCAGCCAUAAAGACUGUUACCCAGGACCCUAAGUAUAAAAAGAACAUGGUUGCAGUAUCGAAGCAAUUCCUGGACCGACCGAGGUCUCCUCACGAUAUAGCGGUUUUUUGGAUCGAGUAUAUCCUGAAACAUGGGGCAGAUUCUUUGCGAUCGCCAGCCACUAAGUUAACGUGGUGGCAAGUAGAGUUACUGGACGUAUACGGCACCGUACUUGCUUCACUCCUGCUCAUUCUCUACAUCGUAAAGUUUAUUUUUUCAACGAUUCUUGGUCACGUUUUUCGAACAAGUGCAUCAUUACCUCUAUCGAAGAAAACGAAUUGAAUCUAAAAUACAUCCGGAACUUUUGUCACAAUGGUUGUGACAUUGGUGUACGAACUUCACUCGUUGCAGAUUAUGUCGAAUAGGCAGUUUAUGUGUUCCUUAACUAAUGAUGAUGGAGUACCUUGUGAAAUUCAAUAUCACUGCACCCGCUUCAUUAAAUACAAUCGCACAGAUAAUAAGUCGACAGAGACAGCAGCGAUUGUUAUACAGCUGCAGGAGACUUUACCCGUUAUCAGAUUCAGCAGUUUCCCUGUACCUUAUACAUAAUAAUAUUAUAUUACAUAACAACGUGAUAUUAAGCGAAUGGCGGUGAAAUGAAACAGAUGCAGGAAACUGAGAUACACAUUUCUGUACGAACCGGUUAUAAGUAAAAUAAUGACUAUAUGCAUUUGAUACUCUAAUUUAGCAUCGCAAGUGAUUAGCAUCCGUGAUAUACUGAUAUUCCGGAAUGAAAUGUAUAUCACUGUUUCUCUACGUAUAGAACUACAAGAGAACCUCUUGGUUUAUCGUUAAUUAUUACCUAUUUUAGAACUCAUUAUUAUUUGUCCUCAUUUAUUUUCUGACGUAUGUUUGUUCAUCGGAAAAUUUAUAGAUACAGAGAUAUGUAAUCGCCCGAAACCACGUAUCUGUACACAAUAUCAUAUAAUUAGCUUAUCGCCGUACGUGUAAAAACGUAGAUGCUGAAAUGACCGUGUCACAAGUCAACUAAAAAUUAAAGAAGGUGAGCUAGGCCGGUGUCGUUUUGAUUCGACGGUAAUAUUGUAUGUUAUUGUCAGUUUUUAGUGUCCUAGAAAUGUAUAUAAUAAUAGGAAGUAAAUGCAAGCAAACCUCACUGUGAACGAAACUUCCGAACGUGAUGUCUAACGCACUCUCUGAAGUGGCGAAACACUUACAUCAAAGAACACAAUGAAUAUUUCUUAACGGCGAAAAUUCGGUAGUAACAGUCUGUCUGAAUUUGAAAGCUGCACCACGUGCGUUUACUAUUGAAGUAUCAGAUGUGCGGCCGAGAGUGAUCGUUAACGCGAUCUGAAAUUAUGCUCGCAAAAUUCUAAUCGCCAGAAAUCACGGGGCGUAAAGCAUGAAAGUAAUUACGAGAGUAAGUGUAAAAUACCUGAUAUGUGAGUAUCUUGAGCUGAAUGGUAAGUUCUCCACCGUGGAAAACUCUUGAGAUAGCAAAGUUACAGCGAUAGAACUCAUGACUUGUAUAAUUUAUACUAUCGAAAGAAAUAGAAAUGGAUAGAUAGGCUUCUAUGAAAAGAUAAGAUUGUCGCACUACGUGACUAAUUGUACGAAUUCGAUAGCCAAGUCCAGCGAGUACCUCACGAGACGUGUUUGCGUGUAGUGGGUGAUGUUAACCCGCUUUCCGACAAUAAACAAGUGAUAGUAAAUG